AUGGCAGAUCCACAGGUGGAGCUAGUAUCAACAAUGUCAGAUCCUGGUAAGGAUGGCAAUAUGCAGCAGCUAGUCCCAAUGGCACCACCGGCAAGGGUUUCUGGUGGUGAACUAGUGGCAAAGGCUUCUGUUGCUGACAGUGGAAAGCAGCUGGCGCUGGUGGAGGGUGGAGGAAAGAGCUCGGGAGGGGUCAAGCUACGGGAGGAUGUGGAGGACAUAGAGGUGAAGCUGAAGCGCAUCAUGGACAAUGUCCCUGUCCGUGCCAGCAACACCUCUGGGUCCUCCGCUGGUUCUGGCUCUGGCGACUUCCACCAGUAUCGGCAAAUGAGGAGAAGGGAACAGGACCGAAUAACGAGGAUGGAGACUGAUUACGAAAAGAGGAAGCAGGUGGCCGAGUUCAAUCUGCGGAGGGAGGAAAGGCUAAAAGCAGCUGAGGAGCGUACAUCCAAGAAGCGCCUGAAGCGCCAAAAGAAGAAGCAGCGAAAGAAUGAAAAGCGGGCCAAACCAAGCGGUGGCGGCGAGGAACCCAAUAGCGAAGCAGUGCCUAAGCAGGUGGAGGAGGAGUCAGACGACGACGAUGAGGGUUCGGAUUACGAGGGCGACGACAAGUUUAAGCAAUGCAAAUGA